AUGGCGCAGCUAGAACCUGUUACCCUCAUGAGCUACAAUGUCCAGGGGAUUCCCUCAUUCCUGCUCCCAGUGGCCGACCUGAAUUCCAGGAUCAGCGCCAUAGCGGAGUAUGUGUCCCGUAUUGUGAGGAAGUACAAUGUGGACAUCCUUGUUUGCCAGGAGCUGUUUUCUUACAAGCUCUACCGCGAAAUCAAGGGGGCUCUCAGCAACUACAUGGGGCUUGAUAGCGGCAUUAUUAAGAAUCCGUUCGCGAAGUCGGGUUGGAAAAGUUUCCUAGAUCGCGUGCUGCACACAUUCAACAUCAUAGGAUCAGGCAUCAUCAUAUUUUCCAAGCAUCCGAUCACGAACAGGGCAAAGAUGCUUUACUCAGAUGGCGUAUUCACGGACAUUUACGCAGCAAAGGGCGCCGUGGCGGCACGCAUCUCGGUCAACAACCGCUUGAUAGACGUAGUCGGUACCCAUUUGCAAACGUAUAGGGAGAAGGAGGCUCACGCCGUGAGGGUGGCCCAGAUGGCCGAGUUGCACGGAUGGAUGGAAACCCUGUUCGACCGUAAGGGACGUUUGGAAUCAGGCAAAGACGCAGAGAAGGAAGUUCCUGUUGUGCUGACCGGUGAUUUGAACUGUUGCAUUAAAAACCAGAACAAGUACUUCAAGGAGAUUUUCAGUGUGUUUGAGGGCAAGUUGGAAACCAUGUUCGGACUCGAAGGGGUUCAGCCUACCUUCAGCACCCGCCUGAACGACUUCUGUAGGUAUCAGCAGUGGCCUGAUGAAUACGAUGAUGUGUUCGACUACAUCUUUAAACCCCCGCAUGUCGAAGUGAUGCAACCGCAGACGGUUGUGCUGGAAGGGCUGGAGAAGCCAAUACACGUGGGUGGUAGCUCAAUCAGCAGCUGUGUAUCGACUCCGCAACCCAUCCAUCAUGCGAGUGACCAUCAGCCUAUUUUUGCCAUGAUAAAGAUAUAA